GCUGACGCAGUGUGCGUAUCCUGCUACGCCUGCGCACUGAGCACUGUCUUAACAGCACCAUCAACAGACUGGGGAACAAGCAGCCAGAGGAGAGGCACAAGCUGGCGUUUUGUUUACCUCCAAAAGAAGAAGAUAACAUUUUCUCAACAUGUCGGGAUUUGACGAGAACCCAUUUGUAGAUGCAGUGGAUGUCAAUCCUUUCCAGGAUGCCUCAGUCACACGAAUCACCAGCGGUGGGAUUGAAACCGUUGAGGAAUUCAACCCAUUCUCAGCCAGUGCUAUGGGCACCCACACUGGGACCACCAUCCCUAUCUCUGCUGCCUCCUCCCAACCAGCUGUCCUACAGGCUUCUGUUGUGGAGCCCACCCCACAAGCUACUGCGGCUGCUGCCCAGGCUAACCUGCUCAGGCAACAGGAGGAGCUGGAGAAGAAAGCUGCUGAACUGGAUCGGAAAGAGCAGGAGCUCCAGAACAGGCCUGGAGGCCACAUUACAAAAGAAAACAACUGGCCGCCACUUCCCAAGUUUUCCCCCAUAAAGCCUUGUUUCUACCAGGACUUCAACGAAGACAUCCCUGAAGAGUACCAGAAGAUAUGCAAGAGGAUGUACUACCUUUGGAUGUUUCACAGUAUCACACUCUUCCUGAACCUUCUGGCCUGCCUGGCCUACUUCACGGCCGAUCCAAACGCGGGGGUGGACUUUGGUCUGUCCAUCCUCUGGUUCGUCCUCUUCACCCCCGUCUCUUUCGUCUGUUGGUACAGGCCAGUGUACAAAGCCUUCAGGUCGGACAGUUCCUUCAGCUUCUUCUUCUUCUUCUUUGUUUUCUUCUUCCAAGUGUCUGUCUACAUCAUCCAGUGUGUGGGGAUCCCCAAGUGGGGGAACAGUGGAUGGAUUUCGUCCAUCACCAUGAUAAGAAGCAACAUGGCUGUAGCUGUGGUCAUGAUGGUUGUGGCCGGCUGCUUCACUGUGAACGCUGUCCUCGCCAUCAUCCUACUCAAAAUGGUCCACUCCAACUAUCGUCGGACGGGGGCCAACUUCACCAAGGCCCAGCAGGAGUUCUCUUCGGGGGUCCUCACCAACCAGACCUUUCAGAGCGCCGCGGCCAGCGCCGCCUCCUCAGCCGCCCAGGGGGCCUUCCAAGGACGCUAGUGAUCCUAAAGCUACAGGGCCAGGUUCCUCCUAACCUUUCUAGGCACCUCUCACUCACUCCAAGCCCCGUUUUGUCCCAUGGCCUCAGUGUCUCUGCAGAGGCAACAGAAAUGGCUGACAGGACAGAAACUAGACUGGUAUACAGGAACAUUACUGCUGUAUCAUGGACAUUCUCUAACCACAGCCACUGUUGCAUAAUCCCAAUUCAACCACUAGCCCUGUGAUCAGAGGGUAUAAAUGGAGCUAUUACCAUGUUGAUUGGACUUAUCCAAGUGUCUGGGGGGUUGGUUUGGGAUUGUGGUGUCUAGCUGGUAAGGGGGGUUUGGUUUGGGAUUGGGGUGUCUAGCUGGUAAGGGGGUUUGGUUUGGGAUUGGGAUCGGGGUGUCUAGCUGGUUGGGGGCUAGGGUUGGUUUGGGAUUGGGGUGUCUAGCUGGUAGGGGGCUAGGGUUGGUUUGGGAUUGGGCACCAGAGUUUGGCAAAGUGUCCUCCAUGUUGGUACCAAACAUUCCAUGACAAUAAUGUACAUUUUCUUUCUAAGUGGAAUGUGAUACGUUAAGAAAGUUUAUGCGUAAUCUGUAUUGCUCUUCUCCUGUAGGUUUUAAUGCUAUUACACUAUGCUCCUAGCAAAUGAGGAAUGCUCUCCCUAGAAUACUUUACAUUGUCAUUUUAAUCCUCACUAGAAUGAAAUAGUUUGGUACCAGCAUGGCGCUUAUCAUUAUGAAAACACAAUCUCAAAUGAAGUUGUAUAUCAAUUGCGCUCUGUCCCAUAGCCUAGUCUUUACCUCGUUAUGUUCUCUUCUUCCUCACUGUCCUGCCCUAUCCAGACACUCAGGUCCUCUUCUCAGGACAUACUGUCCCGGUAAUGCAGAGAUCUCCAACUCUAGUUGUGUAGAGCCACUGUUAGUGCAGGAUUCUGUUCUUUCCUAACACUAACACACAUGUUUCAAAUACUCAACUGAUCACGGUCUUCACUCUCGACCUUGAUUUUUUUUCAAUCCGGUGUGUUGGUGCUAGGCUGGAACAAUGCCUGCGUACCCAGUGGCUGUCCAAGACUGAAGUUGGAGAUCCUUGUAUUACAAGGGUUUGGGUACAAAAACGUUACCGAAGUGGGCAUCUGAGGUAAAAACACUGAAAUGUCUACUGAAGGAAUUACAUUUUAUUUUGUGACGUUUACAUUGUUGUUGAGGUAUAUUUUUGCUCUGAUCAUAAUAUAUUGAAGGGAUGAAUGGUUUUAUUUCUUAGAUUUUUUUUGUGAUUUCAUAUUUUACUGUUCUUCAAUCCCUCAGUAGGGUUGGACUUACUGAAGUAUGAUAAGGCAACUGCUGUGUUUUUGUAGCUACAAUAAUGAAGAUAUUGGGUGACGGUUUAACUAAAUGGGAAAUACUGUAUAGGCAGAUGUUAGUGCACCACCCCCUGUAUCCCUUCUACUGUACUUCAAAGUAACUGUCCAGUUAAAUCACACUUUUAAAAGUUCCUGUUCUGUUAACUCCUACCCAAAUAAUGGUGUUGACUCAUCCUAUACUCAUAUUUUUGUCAAAACCAUAAAUUGGAGGAAAAAAACACCUCAAACAGUAUAAAAAAUGCUUGCUAUUUCCUCAGAGGAGGAUGAGCUGGCCAAUCAGUGGUCUACUUGCAGUAAUAUUUUUAAUAACCGGUAUACACCAUUCCAACACAGAAUAGCUGGGGGGGGGGUUUAAUCGGAAGGAACUAUUUGUCAUAUUGUGCAUAAUUAUAGGUCAUAUUUCAUAGAAAUAUUAACACGGGACAGUUACUUUAAUGAACAGAACCACUUCUGUGCUGUCACCACUACAUUUUGGAGUUGGUGGCUUUGGUAUUAUGACGUCAGGACAGGUGGGAUCUUUUCUUACAAAUCAGAAAAGGACUAGUUAGUUUUAAAUUGACACUUAAUUAUUUUUUUCUCUAUGAAUGAGAUAUAGACCAGUCAAUGUGGGUACUGUGGCAUGCUCAUAGACAUUUCUGGAAGAUUGAAUGUAUUUAGUGCAAGAAUAGAAUAUAGGUACAGCCAUGUGAGAAUGAGUGAGUGGAUGGAGGAAUGAGCUGACAGGACAAAUGAAUUAAUGAUUUGACUAAUUCCAUGAUGAUCUAAAUGUAUUAAUGAAUAGUUAGUUAUUGAUUGUGGAUAUGUGCCUAAAGUAAAGUUCAGUACAAUAACCCUAAAGAUUGCAGUAAACCAAGUCAUGACUUCUAAUACAGCAACGAUCAAAAAAUAGAUUUACAUUCUUGAUUUUAGUUGUUGGGUAGUAGUUACAACACAGGCAUAUUAUUAUUUUUAAUGUACGGUUAUUUAACACUUUUUCUGAAAUGUCACUCUGCUGUCUACUGGACAUUUGCAGUCUUGCUACACUACCGCUGUUGGUUCCUGAUAUGUCAACUCUCAGAUGUUAUGUAGCUGACACUGGUUUAGUGGGAUUUAUUUUUGAGCCUAAAACUCACUGAGACAUGACUUUAAAUGAGCCUCACCUUCUGCCUAUUAACUACCAUUAUGAUCCAUCUGUGUUCUGAAUGUUUGUCCAGAUACUUGUGUAUUUAUCUGAUCCUUCUAUUGGGUAGAGUACUGUUACUGGGUAUUAUCUAGCACAGGGGUGUCCAACCAUUCUUCUGGAGACCUACUGAGUGUGCAGGCUUUUGUUUUAGCCCUGCUCUAACACCUAAUUCAACUACUCAACUGCUCAUCAGGGCCUUGCAUGACUAGCUGAUAGCUUCUGAUUUGGUCGAAUCAAGUAGGGAUGGAAUGGAAGCCUGCACAAUGCACACCCAGUAGCUCUCCAGGAUGGCUGUCCUUUUGGAGGUCAAGGGUCAAAUCUGUUUGUCACUGUACAUAUGUCUGACGUGUUACAAAGCUGUUAUUUUGUCUGAGGGAUUUUUACGACUUAUCUCUGAAGUAAUUUAUAGAUCUAUUGUUACUGCUAUUAUUCAAUAAAUGGAUGCAUUUCUUUGCUCUCUCUUGAAAGUCAAA